AUGCUAGAAAGUGGGCUUGUCGGCGCAGGUCACUGGCUGAAAAGAAUUGCGCCGUACCACGGAGCGACACAAGAUCAACAGCCUCCAGCGUUGCACUGGCACGAACGGGUGGUCAGCCCUGGGAGCUUCCUCGCCUGGACGGCGACACUGGCCAAGCUGCAGGACCUGAAGAAACAGUUCGCCCACCCAUUUUUAGGCCCCGUGCGCAGUCUGGCUGCGCGGAUUCAUGGCCCUGCGGAACGGAAUGCAGCCAACGUGUAG